AUGUUAAAAACUGGAAAAAUUGCCAGCGCCGGAAAACAACGUCAUUGUAACGAGGCAAUUGAGAAGUAUGAGAGAUCUCAGGGUCUUGUUCCAACUAAAGCUUCAAAACAAAAGGAGGCCAAAUUGGAAAAUAUUGAAGAUUCCAAGCCUUCGACCUCUUCAGCUUCUAAACAAGUCUCUUCGAAUGGCAAAAAUGGAAAGAAAAAUGGAAGGAAGAAGGGGAAGAAGCGAGCUAGUUCUGUUGGUUUAGUUGUUAAAAAGCCGGAGACGAAGAAGCAAAAAUUGGAAGAGUUUCCGGGCACACGAGCAAGAUCUACAUCCUUCACAAAGAGAAAGGGAAGCAAUUCCAGCAAUGGAGGAAAAACGACUGCUUCCACAAAUUCCUUCAGCAAGGACACAACCCCCUUGCGUUCGGAUUCAUUGGAAGGCCAGAAUGGGGCGGGUGUUGUUACACGCAAACACGCGAAAGAAAACAAUGAAAAUGGAGGAGUGUUGACAAAGAAGCAUUCCAAAUUAAAUGUCGCAAAUAUUUCUCUGAUAACGAGUGUCCACCCGAGCGGAAUUGAGGGGAUAAUGGAUCUCGUGGCUGAUGUUGUUAUGAAAGAUGGGUCAAUCAAAUCAGUCCUUACGGAAACGUUGAAGAAUGAGGCGCCUAAAAUUCUCUUUGACUAUUACGAAAGGGCGAUGGAAUUGAAAGAUUAAUAAAAGAAGUUUUAAAAAAUUUGUUGGACAAGAAAUCUCUUAUUUGUUAUUCUAGAAAGUUGUAGAGAAAUUCGGUUAUUUUUUAAAUUUUAAUAUUAUAUUGCUUAUUGAAUUGCCUUUUACUUUUAUUUUUUCUGGGGGAGAGGGGAUUUCUAAAUUUUAUUUUGAAUUAAAAAUUAUUUUUUUUGGGGGACAAAAAGAAGUGUUUAAUUUAAAUUUGGGUUGGCUUCCG